UAUUUUUUUUUUUUUUUUUUUACACGGGCCCUGGAGGAUGACGUAGUUAUUCCGCGACGAUUGACUGAGUGUGUUUCUAUGGAAACGUCCAUAUGUUUGUCGACUCAAAUGGAGUUUACAGGCAGCAGUUACAGCGGAACUUAUAAAAAUGGCAGAAUGGAGGGUGAAGGAGAGUACAAACUCCCCACACAGACCAGAUAUGAAGGGGAGAUGAAGGACGGCAUGUUCCAUGGGAAAGGAGUCCUGCACUUUCCCAAUGGAGGGAAAUAUGAAGGAAUCUGGGAAAAUGGGAUAUGCAAACAGGGUAACUACACCUUCUCAGAUGGACUGGAGUACAAGGAGACAGACUGGGAUUACUGCAACGGCUACGAUAGACGUUUCUACACCGAGAUCUGCUACGGACUCAAACCUGCAGGAGAAUCUCAGAUGAUUAACGAGCAUCCUUCUGCUGUCAUCAAUGACACCGGCUACGACUGCAGAGACACCACCCUUGGAGACACCCCCCUCGGGAAAGCAGCCUCAACAUCAUCAGCAUGAAUACUGGAUUUGAAUGGAUGGAAGUUCAGGUGUUCAAGUCCUUAUUUUUCAGCUGAAUCAGAGAACAAAAUAAAUGUGCUGCUUAAUAAACAUCUGUAAGCGUAACAACAAACAGUUCCAGGACCAUCCAGAGUGAGGCAGAUAUGUUAGACUAGCGACGGGGUGUUCAUGAAUGAUUCGGUUGUUUUGAACGAGUCUUUAAUGUGACUUUAAUUAAAUGCGUAUGAGCGAAGCAUCAAGAAUCUCCGUAGGUUGUGUACAGGAAACAGUCGUUGGUUCUUUUAUCAUGUGACUCCCAUAAACGUUAUGCAGUUUAGAGAUGCUGCUAUCGAUUAUUACAACAAUUAAUCAAAUAAUCGGAUAAGACAUUAAAGAGUAUACUAAAUAUACAAAAGAAAAUCAGACGAGUCUCUUAAAAUGAACAAGUAACUUGUCUCCUUUUUAAAGAAAUAUACAUUUUAUUGCUGAACAACAGACUGGUUUAAGGUGA